GCCCGACGGUACUAUGAAAGUUGUGCAACAUGCAUCAAGAUCGCUUACAAAAGCCGAGCAAGGAUAUAGUCAGAUCGAUCGGGAAGGGUUAUCAAUCAUUUUUGCGGUAACCAAAUUCCACAAAAUGAUAUUUGGUCGACAUUUUCGCCUUCAAACAGACCACAGGCCUCUUUUGAGAAUAUUUGGUAACAAGAAAGGAAUACCUGUUUACACUGCUAACAGAUUCCAGCGUUUUGCCCUAACCCUUCUAAUGUACGAUUUUCAAAUCGAAUAUAUUUCCACGGAAAAUUUUGGCAAUGCCGACAUAUUAUCACGACUAAUAAGCAAGCACAACAAGCCAGAUGAAGAUUAUAUUAUAGCUAAUUUGGAAUUGGAGAGGGAUGUAAAGUCAGUCGUCAUCAGUAAUAUUUCAUCCUUACCAAUUAGCUUCAUGGAGAUCGUCAAACAGACACUAAAAGAUCCCAUUUUAUGCAAAAUAUUUCAUUUUAUACAAAAGGGCUGGCCCCAAAAUACUACUUAUGCAGGAGAAUUAUCACGAUUUUAUGCGAGAAGAGAAGCCCUAUCAGCAGUAGAAAAUUGUAUUUUAUUCGGAGAGAGAGUCGUAAUUCCAAAUAUCCUGCAGCAAAGAUGCCUUAGGCAAUUUCACCGUGGACACCCUGGCAUUCAAAGAAUGAAAUCGUUAGCUCGUAGCUACGUAUACUGGCCUUCAAUAGAUAGUGAUAUAAGCGAAUGCGUAGCUUCUUGCGAGAAAUGUCAAACUGCAGCGAAAACACCAGCACAUUCACCUCAUGUUCCUUGGCCUAAAUCGUCAUCUCCAUGGCAGAGAGUUCAUAUCGAUUAUGCAGGCCCAGUAGAGGGAGAUUAUUUCCUUAUAAUCGUAGAUGCUUACUCCAAAUGGCCAGAGGUUAUUAAAAUAUCAAGUACUACUGCUUCAGCGACCAUAGCAAUUUUAAGAGGAAUAUUUGCACGUUUUGGCAUUCCAGUUACACUGGUGAGUGAUAAUGGGACGCAAUUUACAAGCGGAAUUUUUGCAGAUUUUUGCACAAGUAAUGGCAUACAACAUUUAAGAACGGCACCUUUUCAUCCGCAAUCUAACGGCCAAGCUGAGAGGUUCGUAGAUACGUUCAAGAGAGCAAUGAAAAAGAUUUGUUCAGAUGAUACUUCGCUUCCUGAGGCAAUAGAUUUAUUUUUGCAAACAUAUCGAUCCACUCCAAACCCAGCCAUUGAUGAAAACAAAUCACCAGCCGAGGUCAUGUUAGGGCGUCAAAUGCGCACAUGUUUUGACUUGUUGCGGCCCACUGCUAUUUCCAAUGAGCCUAGAGUACCGGAUAAUAUGAGGGUUUUGCAUUGUGGAGAACUGGUAUACGUCAAAACGUUUUAUAGAAACAAUUGGAAAUGGGAGCCUGCAAUUGUAACAAAGAGAUGCGGUAGCGUUAUGUACGAGGUUAAAACUAGUUUCCAGCGUAUACUUCGUAGGCAUAUAAACCAAAUGCGCAGGCGUUCUGUAAGCUUCCAUUAAUCAAAUCGUCCUUCACAACCCAUGGCGUUGGAUGUACUCUUGGGAACGUGGAAUGUACAGCCAAGAACAUCACCGAUAUCCAGCGACGUAAAUCAGUGUACGCCAUUGCUAUCGUCUGUGUCGUCACCCAAUUCUAAGCCAGCAUCGUUCGCGUCUUCACCGUCAUCGUCACCAUCGUCUACAUUAUUAUCUACGUCUGAGUCAGCAUCGUCCACGUCCUCACCGUCAUCGUCAUCAUCGUUGUAUGAUUCGUCUUCAGUGUACACAUCAUGUUCACCGACACCUGAAGAAGAAUCUCCUGUCCUGUUAGCUGAUAACAGUUCUGCCGAGCAAUUGGAAGAUGAUAAUGAGGGAACGCAGCUGGUACAAGCACCACGUCGAUCUUCUAGAAAUAAAAGACCUCCACGUUGGUUGAAUCAGUACCAGCUAUCUUAACAGGGGGAGAUGUUGUGGACAGAACCAGCAUCGCGCGACAUUGCCACUCUGGGUUGUUCGCUAUAAGCGACAACCGUUGACGUUGGUAGCCAUCAGCUAUACAGGCGCGGCCAUCGCGAUCGUGUCGCAGGACACGAAGCCGGGACGACGACCCGAGAAAACGAGAGUGUCACUUCAAGUCGGAUGAUCAAGCGGUUAGGUACAUGCGUGCGGUUGGGGAGGUGUUUUAUAUAUGAAC